GUACAAUGUAUGCAGAACAGACAGCAAUCUUGAUACUUCAACUUAAGAACUCUCUCCUCUCCAUAAUUUUCAGUCACCCAGUCUCUCUCAGCUUCUCCAAUCUUUCCCCCCAUACUCUGAACCCAAGUUACCAACACAGAAAAGGAAAGGAGUUUUCUUUCGUUCUUGAAGAUGAUGAUGAAGAUGGAUUUUGCUCGGUUUCUCCAAGUUUUCAUGAUCUCCAGUCUCUUGGCCAGCUCAUGCUUAGCCCAGGCUCCGGUGCCGGAACCCACCGCCACGCCGCCCUCACCAGUCUCAUCCCCGCCAUCUCCAGCGCCGUCACCUAAAACGUCUCCGUCGCCUGCCCCUUCUCCGACCACCCUAGCCCCAGCUCCAGUUCCGACAUCCCCUGCACCAGCUCCGACUACGCCAGUACCGACCCCAGCCCCUACUUCGGCUCCCACGCCUUCGGCGAAUUCUCCCUCAUCCUCCUCGUCUCCUUCUCCCGCCACCUCAACGCCCCCUUCAGCCUCUCCCACGAGCCCCUCAGGCGAGCCAGCGGCUUCUCCUGAGUCCCCCAGUGGUGCCUUCUCUCCUAGCAAAGCCGUUGUCGCUGGGACCGCUCUUGUUGCAACCUUCUUCGCCGUUGUUGUCCUGGCUUAGACUGGGUUCGGAUCUGUCCACGUGGAUUUUCAACGCUUUUAACUACAGAUCGUCUUUUCUUAUGGAGGGCUGAGAUCUAUUUAUUUCUAUGUUUUUUUAUUUUUUAUUUUUAUAUUUAUUAUUUUUGCAGUGUUUGUUUCAUUCAAUAUUGGGUUUGAGCGAGGAUGGAUGUAUAUGGCGAUGAAAAUGAUUAUUUGGAUAUUUUCAUUUCUGUGUUGUUGACACGUGUAUCCCAUUGUAGAUGAAUCUCGUGUAAAUCAGUUUUCUAGUAGUUGAAUAAAGCAGUUUGUUAUUCUUUUGGUC